AGAUGUGAUGGCGGAAGAGAUGGUUGUAGUAAAGGAUGUUGUUGAUGGAGCUGGUGAAAUGGAGAAAGAUAAAAGCGGAUCGGCAGCCUUGGCACCUGCAGGCCCAGUAAAUGCAGGUCGUCCACCUGUUCGACGAGUGGCUAACCAGAUCCCAGAUGAGAUCUCCCAGAAUCCUUUGCUGCUCGAAGCCAUUUCUGUGCUGCCUCAAAAUUAUAACUUUGAGAUUCCAAAAACCAUCUGGAGGAUCCAGCAAGCCUCAGCAAAAAGGGUUGCCUUACAGAUGCCAGAAGGCCUUCUGAUGUUCGCCUGUACAAUAGCUGAUAUCAUAGAGAGGUUCACAUCGUCUGAGACCGUGGUGAUGGGAGAUGUGACAUACGGAGCGUGUUGCGUGGAUGAUUACACUGCACGGGCGCUGGGAGCUGACUUUCUGGUGCAUUAUGGCCACAGCUGCCUCGUCCCCAUUGAUGCCACACACGGUGUUCGAAUGUUGUAUGUGUUCGUGGAUAUAAAGAUCGACACUUCGCACUUUGUGGACACCAUUCGUUUCAACUUCUCACCUAGAUCUUCUAUUGCUUUUGUCAGUACAGUUCAGUUUGUGUCCGCACUGCAGGCUGCAUAUCACGCUCUGAAAUCAGAGUAUCAAGUCACGGUGCCCCAGUGCAAACCACUGUCACCGGGAGAAAUCUUGGGCUGCACCUCACCACGGCUGGAAAAAUCGGUGGAUGCUGUUGUGUAUUUAGGGGACGGUCGGUUCCACCUUGAGUCGGUCAUGAUUGCCAACCCAGAUACUAAAGCAUUCAGGUACGAUCCAUAUAGCAAGGUUUUUUCCCGUGAAUAUUAUGAACACAACACCAUGCUGAAGAAUCGUAAAGAAGCCAUUGCUGCAGCGACGGGUGCCAAGUGCUGGGGACUUAUUCUUGGGACAUUAGGACGUCAAGGCUCUCCCAAAAUCAUGGAGCACCUGGAGUCACGUCUGCAGGCUCUCGGCUGUCGUUACGUGCGGCUCUUGCUGUCGGAAAUCUUCCCUAAUAAACUCAAGCUGUUCCCAGAGGUGGAAGCUUGGGUGCAGGUAGCCUGUCCACGGCUUUCCAUUGAUUGGGGAACCGCCUUCACCAAACCUCUGCUUACUCCAUAUGAGGCCUCUGUGGCUCUAAGGGAAGCAGAAUGGCAGAGCACAUACCCUAUGGAUUUUUAUGCCAAUCAGUCUCUGGGCCCAUGGACAGUGAACCACGCAUCGCACCGCCCUAUACGUGUCCCUACAAAGAAUCUUCAAACGAGAAAAGCCAAAUCUGAGUGUUUAACUGCAAAAGGAUGUCCGUGCAAGGGAGAGGGACUGGAUAAAUGACCAAAUUGUGAGCCAUAUUCCCCAUUGACUAACCACCAAGACCAGCUGAUGACCAUAGAUAGCGAGAUAAUGUGACACCUCUGCCAAGCAGGUGUGAAGGUAGAAAAUGAAACAAAACAGUGCCUCAUCGCAAUAGAACCGAGAACUUCACUCCAUUAACAGCUUCACAGCCCCAGAGACCAGCAGAGCUACCCCCUAUUAACCCUUAUAUAUCAACAUCAACACAUAGCAUCGCUCCAUUACCUUAUCCUGUAUUUUGCUCUCUGUAACUCCUGGACCAUAGAGGGAGGUCAGGUUAUGCCCGACUGCCCCCUCUCUUCCUAGAUCUGGGCUUCCUGAGCCAUGCAGAGAUGCUGCUAAUUAAAAGUUCUGCUUAAUGAGGGCUUGCCUGAGCUGUAUGCUUCCCCCCCUCCUGUCGUUGCCUGGGCAAUGCGAAGUCAGAGCCCAUGAAGCCCCCACUAUUGGCACCGACUGCUGCAACCCAUCGUGCAAGAACCAAUCACCUCCUGUGUGGAGACCCACAGCUAGCAGCUCUGUAAUAUCUCUGUGAUGGGAGCAUAGACUUUAAUGUUCUUUGGAUGAGUCCCAGCAAUCACAGUGCCUACAGCUCCCACCCAGGGAAGAGAUGAAGUGAAGGGGGUGUUACAAUGAUUGAAGAUAAGUGGGAAAAAAGAUAAACAACAAACAGCUGCAAUAUGAUGCCUGAAAUGGGUCACAGAUCUAGUCAUGUGAACUUAAUUACUUUCUGCAUUUCAAUAAUAAAUGCAAAACUUAUAUUUA